UUUCAGAUUAGAGGCUUUGGCCAAAGUGUCUUCAAGUGAUCUUUUGCGUUUUGCCGGAGUUGGACUUUUCAGAAACGUUCACUGCAAUGACGGUGACUUCGAGAAAACAGUACGUGGUUUCCAGACCUGUGUACUCUGAAGACAGCCUCAAUGAAGACCAUGAGAAAAUGCAGAGGAAACACAAAGCGCUCAUGGAGCAUGUUAAGGAAUACCUGACCUGCGAUGCAAAUCGUGCCAAAAAAGCGGUGGUCUCUGUUCUGCCUGUGAUUGGCUGGAUGAGGACGUACAGAGUCAGACAGUGGCUGCUGGGCGAUGUGGUGUCUGGGGUCAGAACCGGACUGGUGGCCAUCAUGCAAGGACUGGCCUUCUCCCUGCUGGCCUCGUUGCCUCCCAGCUACGGCUUCUACACAGCUUUCUUCCCAAUGCUAACAUACUUUUUCUUUGGCACUUCAAGGCAUAUAUCUGUAGAUCCCUUCCCUGUGCUGAGCCUCAUGGUGGGGGCCGUAGUGACCCGCCUGGUCCCUGAAGAUGGACCGCAUGCUAAUAUCACAGACUUUGAAAGCCUGACCCAGGACCAGCAGAGAGUCCUGGUGGCCUCCUCUGUGACCUUCCUCACGGGUAUUUUCCAGCUCGCCAUGGGGGUUCUGCAGGUGGGCUUUAUUGUCGUCUACUUUUCAGACACUCUGCUGUCUGGAUUUACCACAGCAGCUGCUGUUCACUUCUUGGUGUCGCAGCUCAAGUUCGUGUUGGGGCUGAGUGUUCCAGGAAUCAACGGCCCACUCUCACUAUGUAAGUCCAAAUUUGGUAUCUUUGUCCAGAUCACCUCCACUAACAAAUGUGACCUAGUGAUGUCCAUAGUGAUCAUGGUGGUGGUGUUCAUUGUAAAGGAGCUUAAUGACAGAUAUAGAGCCAAGCUGCCUGUUUCCAUUCCCAUAGAAGUUAUAAUGACUGUUAUAGCUUGCGGGGUGUCCUAUGGCUUCAACUUUGAGAAGAGGUAUGACGUUGAAGUUGUUGGCACAAUGGUUAGGGGGUAUGAGUCCCCAAUUGUGCCUAGCGUCCAAGUCUUCCAGGAGAGUGCAGUGGAGGCCUUUCCUGUAGCCAUUGUAGGAUUCGCUGUGGCCUUUUCUGUGGCCAAAGUGUACUCUAACAAACAUGAUUACCCCAUUGAUGGUAACCAGGAGCUUGUUGCAUUCGGGGUUAGCAACAUGUUCGGAGCAACCUUCAGAUCUUUCGCAGCCAGCAAGGCCCUUUCCAGGACCGCAGUGCAGGAGAGCUCUGGAGGCAAAACGCAGGUUGCCGGGCUGGUCUCAGCGAUGAUGGCAAUGAUUGUAACAGUGGCCCUUGGUUUCCUGCUGGAGCCACUUCCAAGGUCUGUUCUGGGUGCCUUGGUAGUCGUCAACCUAAAGGGGAUGUUGAUGCAAUUCAGAGAAAUACCGUACCUUUGGAGGAGAGACGAGCCAGAAUGUGUGGUGUGGGUCGGAACGUGCCUGGCUGCCAUCCUGCUUGGACUGGAUCUUGGUCUGGCUGUGGGUUUGGGCAUAGAGCUUCUGACCGUCGUCUUCAGGACUCAGUUCCCCCGCUGUUCCAUUUUGGCCAAUCUUCCCAGAAAUAAAGUGUGUGAACCAAAAGGAGUAAAAAUCUUCCGGAUACCUUCGCCCAUCUUCUUUGCCAACAUCGAGUUCCUCAGGAACAAGCUUGUAGAAGCUGUUGGGUUCGACCCUCUCAGAGUUUUACGGAAGAGGAACAAAACGCUCCGAAAAAUCAAGAAGCUCCUACAGAAACGGGAUCAUGGCAUCACAGAGAAAGGCUUAGAGAAUUUGUUCCGGACUGCAACCGAUGACCCUGAAAUGAACUGGAGCGCCGAGCUUCCGUCGGAGUUCAGCGUUCCCGCAGUGAACCUCCACAGUCUGAUCUUGGACUUCUCUGCUGUUUCCUUCUUGGACAUUUCUGCGAUGAAAGGACUCAAAAUGGCUCUUAAGGAGUUUACACACGUUGACGUGGACGUUUAUAUAGUUUCAUGUGACGCCCUCAUCAUGGAGAAACUGACCAGCUGCAUGUUCUUUGAUGAUGAGAUUCGGACGUCCAUGUUCUUCCCAACUCUACAUGAUGCCAUGCUGGAUGUGCUGGAAAAACAUAAAGACAACAGCACUGGCAGUGUGGUGAGAAAGAAAUAAAUGCAAUUUGCUGAUAUAUUACUACUUGAUGUACCAUAGAACAUGUUUAAAAAUUAAAAUGAGUGAUAUCUAUCAUCUUAAAGAGAAAUGCCUAGUUGUGUUACGGGUGAAAGUAUUUGGUCCACAUGGGAUCAAGCAAUGUGUUGGAGGAAGAUGCCAAAUCAUCCAACAGUCAGCAGGAACGUUGGAUGCUGCGUCUGGUACCAGCAUAUGUCCAAAUAGAACCAGGGUGGAUCUAUUCUGGAUCAGAUCAACUGAUGGAGAAAAGCAAUGAUGCAUAGCAUGAUGCUGACAACAUCAUACGAUGAUGUUGGCAACUUAAAGUUUUCUCCCAUAGGAAAUGCGUUAUCAUUUUAAAGUACCAUUCAAUCUCUAAUUUUGUUUUAAAAUUAAGAAAAACUUAAACAUUUCCUAUUGGUUGUUUAUAUUUGCAGAAAUUGAUUUAAAAAAAACCCCAGAGAACAUACAAUUCUUAAAAAAACAAAACAAAACUCACACCUCAUAAUUCACAGCUUUGUUUUGCCACAUAAAAUCCCAACCAGCUGUGAGUUUGUGGUUGAACCUGUAAGAAACUGUAAACUUUUCAUUUUCUGUUGUCUUUGCAGUUGAAAGACACCAAACUGUAGAGGAACGACCUGGAAAAUCAACUCAUGGAAAAACUACCCAGGAAAGUUCAAGCAACAUGUUAAUAUUUCAGUCCAGUCAUUGACUGUGUUACUGCUGUACAUUUGGAAUUUCACUUGUCAUUAUAAGUAAUUUGAUUUCAUCCCACAAGAAUAUUUUUUCUAUAAUUCACUGCAAUAAAGUUUGAAUUUUAGGUAUCAGAUGAUACCUGGACAUAUUUGAAUUAUUUUGUGUUAUUUAACCUUUAUUAUCCCAGGGAAAAUUUUCAUUUUCAACAUGAACCUGUUCAGGAAGAAUCAAACAAAAAAUACAAUCAUGUUCAUAUCGACUAAAUAUGCAGAAUACACACAACUGGUUUUAAAAGCAGGUACAUUUAUCACAAAAUAUGGAUCUUACUGAUUCGAUAAAAGUUGAUACUGAAGUAUUGAAUGUACUGAGUUUUGUUUUUUCAAAUUUGUUCCUGCAAAAUGAAACCUAAUUUAUUAAUUUAUUCAAUGAGUGUUGCUGGAAAUAGAGUGAGCCAAGAUAGGAAGGGGUUUUGUCAAUGAUAUUUUUAUGAAUUUGUAUCAGUGUAUUCAUCUGCAUGAAUGGAGUAAUAGCUACAAGUUCACAAAUAUCACAAAUUAGUUAUGGAGUAAUUGUGUUAGGAUAGGGCUAGAUUAAAAAAAUCUCCAGUUUCAUUUUUUUAUUUCACUUUUUCUUUAGUUACAAAUGAAAAUAUUUUCAAAAACUUUUUGUUAUUCCCUUUUAUGAGUUGAGAAGACAAGAUGGCUGCCCUGGGUGUGGUGACAUCAUCCAACUAUGAAAAC